AGAAAGUUGCGUCACCAAGCGCCGCGUUCGUUUAGCGUAAACAAAUACGCCGCGAUAACCUACUUGGCCUUUCUUGCUCUGCUCCCAAAAGUGAAAGGGGGGAAAUGACCCACAAAACUAGGGCUUUGAGGACCUUUUUCCGCUUGAGCAAUCUUUACUUUACCCAAACGACAAGCACCUCCUACGACCUUUUGCCAAGUUCCUCGUGAUUUGAACUCUCUUCCAGUUUACUUUUCCUUGGGAACGUUGAACCAUCUCGCGAGCAGUUUCCAAGUUUUUAUCCGCAAACUUUCUCCAGACCAUUUCACAUUACAGUCAAACUCACAGCACUCCCCUGAUCAUCGACGUUAGACGGAUCGCAGUGUGCCUUUUACUGCGUCAUAGACAGCAUGGAACGUACUGAUUCUGGAUUCUACGUUGUUGACGUGCUCAACUUGAAGCAACCGGCGGGAAAGCCUUUUCAUGUCGAAGCCCGCAUACGUGGUCGGAGCACGGUACCAGGUGCUUCUGCGGUAGCCCGUCACAAUGCAUUCAUUGAGGACAGAGUGCGACGUCUUCGUCGUCGCACUUCUCACGUCCGAGCUGUCUGUGCGGCAAAGCGCAUGCGUGAGAAUGGUGAUAAAUCCGCCAAAAAGUCCCGAAUUACAGAAACGUUAGAGGUAGCGGAACGCAAUCGACGUACCAUUCUGGAGCGCCAGGUGCGGUCUUGUGCGGAAGCCGUCGCCCAUGCAAAACGAGUCGCUCGCGAACAAUCCGAGCGAUUGGCAGAACUUACUGCCGCCCGAAGGGCCGCUCUAGAGGAGCGGCUCAGAAUAACAGCACUUCGCCGUCAGCGUCUUCUCACCAUUCCACGGUCGCGCUUGCUUGAACCUCAGCCAUGGGACGAGGGCGGCCUACGUACGGUCGCCACGGAUGCUGUCAUCAGCAUCCAACAAUGGUGGCGCAGAAUGAAAGUUGACCCCUUAGUGAGAAACUUUCUGCGCUUCGGUGUAUCAUUGGACAAAUCUUUGAAGACUCCAUUUGAAAAACUCGUGCGGACUAUGCAAUCUCCGUCGCUGAUCAAGGCAGUUGGAAGGCUCCUGAUGCGAUUAGACAAAAUGACCAAUCAUCCCUCUACUGUAUGGAAGAAUCCUUCCCGAGUCUUCUUGAGUGCUUACAUGCUUGCCGCUCACCCUGAAGAGCUGAUGCCGACAAUGGGACCUGAAGAAGAGGCAUUGAGUGAGACGGCUCAGUCGAUGAUCCGAGAGUUCGAGUCUUGGAUAGCAGCGUUUGAGGCGGGGAGAGGAUAUCAGCAACUUGAACUCUUCUGGAAGUCAUGGGCCGGCUACUACGAUGCGUUCCAAAGCUGGAAGGAACAGGAUUCGCGAAAGAUUGUGGAUGGAAUGAUUGCUCACUUUAUAGAGCUUGAGCGGCUCUGGCUUUCCGUGAAGAAUCAAGUUGAUGCUGAUACGCAAUGGGCACCACGGAUUACAGAGCAUCAAAGACAGCUGCACGACAAAUUGUCCAAGUUUGGAGAGACUGCUUUACAAAGGCUCGCUGCCGAGCGCGAUGCCCUCCGUGCCGACUUUGAGGAUAGUAUCGAUACAGCUGCGACUGCCGAUAUUCUUUCCACCUCUCCGCAGACUUUUCCUUCCCUAAGCCGCUCUCCGCAGAGGCGUACCGACUCUGUUAGCCCUAGUCGCAGCCCAAGCAGCAGUCCUCCAGUUGUGACUAAACCGGCCGUUGUUAGGGCACAAGAGAACAUGGCUGGUACGAGCACUAUUAGCCAGUCGUCCAUCUCGUCAAUGGAGCACACAGACCCGCAGAUAUCGGCGUUCGGUGUUGGAAACCAACUGAGCAAUGCCCAGCUGGCACACGAACUCGUCAUGGACCCUGAAUUCCAGUUAAAACCAGUAAAGAGGAGCGAAUUGGAGGAGCAAGUCCGUACAUUGGCGAAGAAGGCCUUCUUUGAUUCGGUGCGGCAGGACUUUAUCGAGGGCAAAUUCAGUCACCAUGUUCCAGUAUUCAUUGCGCAGAUUAGAGAUGCUCUUUUGGCAAUGGUUUCAGAGAAUGGCAAGUUCGCCGAGAAUAUCAAGGAAGUUCUCGACGUUGAGCACAUCAAGCAACAACUUGAUAAUAAUGCCUUUGAUUUCCUACGCUGUUUGAGCUACAUUACUGAGAAGAUGCUCCAGCUUUGCGCUCCUAUCCGUGACGCUGCAAUCCGCUCCAUUGCUCUAUCAUCGGAUAUUGUCACUGCAUUUGAACAUAUUUUGGACAUAUUGGAGGACAUGAAAUUGGAUUUAGCCAAUUAUCGCCUCCAAGCCCUGCGUCCGAUCUUACAGCAGCAGGCGGUGGAAUACGAACGGACCAAAUUUGAUGAAGCUCUCAUUGCUGGUGCGGUGACAUUGGAGCGUACGGCUGCCUGGCUUGCAACGGCAGUCAAUUCCCUACAGUCUGUCACCGCGGCGCGGAACCCCGAAAAUAUUCAAACUCCAGAGAACCGGAUUGGUUAUGAGGACGCAUAUAACGAGGCGUUAUUGAACCUUAUUUUCUCUAAUACCGCGAUCUCGCUUUCCACCCUACCGGAAACAUUGUUGUUAGACGCAGACCGUCUAUUUGGAUUCCAGAACGAAGGUCAGGCGAUCACCAUUGUGGCGGCUUUGGUUAUGCUAUCAAAGAAUGCCAUCAAAGAGCUGCGCGACAAUCGUCCAGCAGUCCAAAAGUUGAAACAAACGCUGUUUAUUCUCCUCCGCGACAAGGGAACCACGAUCGAUAAUCUUUCUCUGCAAGUUAUCUCUACGAUCAACGACUCGCUCUCACGACCAAGUGGUCCGCCUACGCGGCUCUCGGUUGAGCAAGAAUCGCUCAUCCGUAGCAUGGUUGAGAAGACUCUCUCAUACCGUGACCCAGUGUUUUCUCUUUUGAGUCGCCGUAUUCAGUUUGCCAUUCGUCAUCAACUGGAGAAGGGGGUGUUCAAACGGGAGAGUUUGGCAAGUCACGGAUUGGACAUUGUGCAGAGUGAGCUAGAAUCGCUCUCACGCAGGGUGUGCUUGUUGGCCAAGCACAAUAAAGAAGUGUAUGCAAAGAACUACGACAGUUUUCUUGAGAAGGUAGUGCAGUAAUGGGGGUAGCUAGAUACGGCUAGGCUCUUCAUCGUUUUACUUUUGUGUUGCUCAUUUUUUAGUGCAGUUACACUUUACUAUUUUCUGUAUAAUAUUAUUAGUUUGCAAUGCCUUUUGUAAUAUAAUGGAUCAUUGUUGGUUUCAGUA